AGGCCGGAGCCCAAUAAUUGGCCCAGAAAUCCAUUAAUGGUUAAGUAGUUUACAAUUUACAUGAUUCAAAAGAUCGAACACCUGGAAGGCGCUCAUUGAGAUGGCUAGUUCUUCAUCUUCGUCCUCCUCCUCGGAGGUUUUGAUUCAAACCCUAAUUAACCGAGGCUGGUGUUUUCGAGAAAUCAAUCAAAUCAAGUCGCUAAUCGAAACGAAGUUCAAUGGAAGCUCUAGCACCGUUCGUUCUGUUGAGUCGGAGCUCUGUAACAUGGACUUACGAGCAAUCGGAGGGAAAUCUUUGCCUGACAUUUCCACCCUCCGAAAAUCCACUCACUUAGAUGGCCCUAAAGUUCUCCAGGUAGCUUUUGCGAGGGAUAUAAGUAAAAGUACUAUAGCUGAAAGUUCAGGGGGUUCAAACGGUAAACGGCUAUUGAAAUUGAAGCUUAUUGAUGGACAUUCAGAAAUUCCUGCUAUCGAGUUCACUCAUAUUCCCUCGAUUCCUGAUAAUGUUGUUCCUGGCACCAAGAUCCGAUUGGAAAACAAAGUUGUAAUGCAUAGUGGUAUUUUAUGCUUGAAUGCAAAGGCAAUAACUGUUAUUGGAGGAAUUGUUCCAUCAUUAUAUGAAGAGUGGGAAAUGAACCAAAAGUAUGCAGGCUUUACCCGAUCAACCUUAAAAUUCUCACAUACUGAUGACACUGGUGGCCCACCACCUUUUCACAAGUUACAGGCUGGAGUAUCUACACAUCGGAUCAAUCAACAAAAUAGACCACCUUCUGAUAACUUAAAAGAAACAUCUAAAGCUUCUGGACCCACUGUUAUUGAAAAGGGUAUAAAAGGGAAUGAGAAUGUGAAAUCUGGUUCUCUUUCUGAUAAAUCCACACAAAACCAACCUUCUACUGAAGCAAGACCAAAAGAAGUUGCCGAAGUUGCCCCUGUACAAAACCAAGCUGCUGCACAAAAGCUUCUCCAGAAAAUGAGUAAUUCCACCCGCAAUGAAGGGCAUUCUAGGGGGUGGAAACAAAGAGGGAGGGGUAAGGAGGAGGAGGAGGAAUCAGCUGUUUUAACUCUAGAUGAGUGGGAGAGAAAAAGAGCUGCUGGGAGUUCUUCAUCAAGACAACAAAACCCUAAUUUUAAUCAAGAUGAAGAUCUCGCACGCCAACUUCAAAACCAAUUUGAUUUAGAAGACAUUCAUGAACAUAGGAGUGUUCAUGUGACAAAAGCAGAUGAUAUCAGAAUGAGCAUGUUUAGUUUUGAAAGAGAUGAUGAUGGUGGUUAUGGUGGUGGUGGUAGGGGAGAAUUUAGAGGAAGGGGAAGGGGAAGAGGAAGAGGGAGGGGAAGAGGGUGGGGACGUGGUAGAGUUGGGUGAUGCUUACUUUAUUAGGUAAAUUUGAUUUUUCAAAGUAAAAGGUUCUAAUAUGAAAGAUAUUGUAAGUGCAAUGUUAUAACUGGAUAGAAUUUUCAAAGUACAAUGUAUAAUUUAGAAAAAAAAAAAAGAUUCAAAGUAGCCAUGUUGAUAUGAACAAAAAGGACUUGGGUUAUGAGCCUUAUAACAACGAGAA